GGGAUUCUUGGGCACCGGGCUGCGGGAGCACGCUGACCGGGGACAGCCGCGGAAUCUUGCCGGUGUGCAGCUGCACGGAAAGGGCUGGGGAUGGAGGAGCACCUAGAGGAUGGGAAGGAGAGCAAGCCCCCUGGCUCCCAGGACCCCGCGGAGACCUCCCUGCAGGUGGAGAUCUCCGACGCCGUGAGCGAACGGGACAAGGUGAAGUUCACCGUACAGACCAAGAGCUGCCUGCCGCACUUCGCGCAGCCCGAGUUCCGCGUGGUCAGGCAGCACGAGGAGUUCGUCUGGCUGCACGACACCUACGUGGACAACGAGGAAUACGCCGGCCUGAUCAUCCCGCCGGCUCCCCCGAGGCCCGACUUCGAGGCUUCCAGGGAAAAGCUGCAGAAACUCGGGGAGGGCGACGGCUCCGUGCCGCGGGAAGAGUUCGCCAAGAUGAAGCAGGAGCUGGAAGCGGAAUACCUGGCGAUCUUCAAGAAGACCGUGGCCAUGCACGAGCGCUUUCUGCAGCGCCUGGCGGCGCAUCCCACCUUGCACCGAGACCACAACUUCUUUGUCUUCUUGGAGUACGGCCAGGAUCUGAGCGUGCGGCGGAAGAACAGGAAGGAGGUCCUGGGGGGCUUCCUGAGGAAUAUCGCCAAGUCGGCGGACGAAGCCCUCAUCACCGGCGUGGCCGGCCUCAAGGAGGUGGACGACUUCUUCGAGCACGAGCGGACCUUCCUGCUGGAGUACCACGCGCGCAUCAGGGACGCCUGCCUGCGGGCCGACCGCGUCAUGCACGCCCACAAGUGCCUGGCCGACGAUUACAUCCCCAUCUCGGCGGCACUGAGCAGCCUGGGAGCACAGGAAGUGAACCAGCUGAAGACGAGCUUCCUCAAAUUGGCCGAACUCUUUGAACGACUGAGGAAGCUGGAGGGCCGGGUGGCGUCGGAUGAGGACCUCAAACUCUCCGACAUGCUGCGCUACUACCUGCGGGACUCACAGGCGGCCAAGGACCUGCUGUACCGGAGGCUGCGGGCCCUGGCAGACUAUGAGAACGCCAACAGGGCGCUGGACAAGGCGCGCACCAAGAACCGGGAGGUGCGGACCGCUGAGAGCCACCAGCAGCUGUGCUGCCAGCGCUUCGAGCGACUCUCGGACUCGGCCAAGCAGGAGCUCAUGGACUUCAAGUCCCGCCGCGUCUCCUCUUUCCGCAAGAACCUGGUUGAGCUGGCAGAGCUGGAGCUCAAACACGCCAAGGCCAGCACGCUGCUUCUCCGCAACACCCUUGUCGCCCUCAAGGGGGAGUCCUAGAGCAACCACCGCAACCGACAUUUUUACUCGGACCCCAGCUCUCCCCCACUGUAGCCACCGGUUUAUACCCUAUGACCUCCCAAGGUGGACCCGA